CACAAGGUCAAGCCCCCUGCUUUCACUGACAUAACUUAUCUAGAACCCGCUCCUUAUUAUUCUUCUGUGCUUUUGGCUCAAUUGUUGCAGUAUAAGCCAAAGACUUGUGAACUCCAGGCUCAUAAAGGUGACAGAGUUAAAGUACACUAUCGGGGAAAACUUACUGAUGGAACUGAAUUUGAUGCCAGCUAUGAAAGGGGUGACCCCAUUGAAUUUGAGCUUGGUACUGGUCAAGUGAUUAAAGGAUGGGAUCAAGGACUACUAGGAAUGUGUGUGGGAGAGAAGAGAAAAUUGAAAAUACCUUCUAAACUUGGUUAUGGAGAUAGUGGGUCCCCACCUAAGAUCCCAGGUGGUGCAACACUUAUCUUUGACACUGAGCUUGUAGCCGUGAAUGGAAAGGCCUCAGCAGGAGACAAAGCUGAUAAGAGUGAGCUAUAAUCUUACGGCGAAACACGUGAAGUUUUUAUUUUGUGGUAGCUUUGAUUUUUGGGUCAUCGGAACAUUAUUAGCCAGUCCCUGAGUGGUUUUAUUUGUGUUGUGUACUAAAAUAUUCUGAUCUGCAUUUUGCAACAACACACCAGUAAUAACACUAAUCAAAUGGUCUC